CCCUUAGCAACCGCGCCUGGCAACGUCGCGUCGCUGGGUUGGGCGGAGUCAGCUGGCAUCAUUCGACCCGCCCUUUCGGCCGUUUGCUCGGGUUGGUUUUCUACGCGAGGCCGAGGCUAUGCGGCCUAGUCCGACGAGGGAAUGCUGAAGGUGAAGAUACUCUUCGUUGGCCCCAGCGAGGCUGGAAAGUCUGUCUUGGCAAACUUCUUCUCAGAGAGCACCGAAGGCAUUGGUAGUUACCUCCCUACACAUGCAGUAAGGAUCCUAGAAUACGAGAUGCCAAAUUUCGGUGGAAACGGCAAAGGAGCAGGGUGUCGGUUUGAACUGUGGGAUUGUGGAGGAGAUCAAAAAUUCGAGACUUGCUGGCCAGCACUGAUGAAAGAUUCCCAUGGAGUCGUCAUUGUUUUCAACCAAGACUCGCCCACUCAUUUGAAGGAGAUUGAAAUGUGGCACUCCUGUUUUGUGCAACAACAGCAGCUGCUGGACAGCCAGUGCCUGCUCAUUUCGCAUCACAAGCCAGGCAGUGUAAUGGACCCGGAGAAUCUCACCUUGCCUCCACCGCUGAACAGGCUGCAGGUGGUCCACUCUAGCCUCGAAGAAGAUCCUGAAGAUGUCCGGAUGGAAUUUGUGAAGUACCUCAAGGGCAUCACCAAGUUGGUGAAUGAGAACCGAGACAGAGAGGAGAUGCUGCUGAUCACUUAAAAGCAGGAGGAACGCUGCUGCAAAUAAAAUAAAAGAAAUACCCAUUUAAACACACA